AUGGGAAAUGAAACUGACUGUGUUCUUUCUGAGACAGACAUGGCUGCUGGUUCUGAUGCUCAGGAUCCCAUGGAGAAUCUCUGCGAGGAAGCCACUUGCUCUAUUUGCCUGGAAUAUUUCAAGGAUCCUGUGUCUUUAGAAUGUGAGCACAACUUCUGUCGACAUUGUGUGACACAGUGCUGGGAGAAGUCGGGUAACUCAGAAACUUCUUGUCCUCAGUGCAGGAAAGAAGUCCUGCAAAGCAACCUCAGGCCAAAUCGGCUGCUAGCUAACAUGGUAGAAAUAGCCAAGAAACUCAACUUUCAGGGACCUAAGAGGGAAGAAGGCAAAGGGAGAGUCUGUGGGAAGCACCAGGAGCCACUGAAGCUUUUCUGUAAAGAUGAUGACGUCUCCAUCUGUGUCGUGUGCGACAGAUCCAAGGAGCACAGAAGUCAUACAGUGAUUCCUAUGGAGGAAGCUGCUCAAGAAACCAAGGAUUUGAUGGUUAAUCAUCAGACUAUUCUGGAGAAGGUGGAAGAAAAGGUUCUGGAAUAUAAAGCUGAGAUAGAAAAGGAAACCCAAGAUGUUCUUAAGCAGACAGAAGCAGAGAUGGAAAAUAUUUUAGUAAAAAUCACAGAAAUACGUCAGUUUCUAGAAGAACAGGAGAAACGGAUGGAAGAGAUGAAGAAGCAGAUUGCAAGGGAAAGAGAUGAAAACUUGGCCAUGUUUGACCAAGAACAUUCCUCUUUGAAAAAUCUCAUCCAAGAGUUGAAAGAGAAAUGUCAGCAGCCACCAGCUGAACUCCUGCAGGAUGUGAAGAGCCUUUUGCACAGGAGUCAAGAGAAGAAAACAUUUGAGAAGCCAGUGGCUUUCUCUGAAGAGCUGAAAUUGAAGAUCUGGGAGCUUUAUAAUCUAAAGACCAGUCUAGAUCCUCUCAUGAAGCAAUUGCAAGAUACUUUGCUACCUGGGCUAGAGCUUCAGAAAGCAAAUGUCACUCUGGAUCCAGACACAGCGGGUUCCUAUCUUGUUCUGUCUGAGGAUCGUAAAAGUGUGAGACAUGAAGGCAAAGAUCAAAAUCUGCCUGACAAUCCUGAGAGAUUUAGAAACUCAACUCAUGUUUUGGGAUGUGAGGGAUUCACUAGAGGAAGCCAUUUCUGGGAUGUGGUUGCAGAAGGGAAGGGACACUGGUUUGUGGGGGUGGCCAGGAAGUCUGUCAGGAGAAAACACUGUUUUCUCAUUAAUCCUUCUGAUGGGAUCUGGGCCAUCUCCAGCUUGUCAUUUAGGUUUCAUGCUCCCAGGAUCCCUUCAAUCUCUGCUCUGUCUCUGAGGGAAAAGGUCAGGAGGGUCCGAGUCUGUCUGAACUGUGCUGCAAACCGGGUGGCCUUUUACGAUGCUGAUACAGGAGACCAGAUCCAUGCAUUCUCAGAAGUCCCAUUCUCCACAGAGACUGUCCUCCCAUUCUUUUCCAUAUUUUCUGAAGCCUCCCUCAAAAUCUCACCUUAAAACAGUCAAACGUAUCUCACAGGCCUGUUCUUUAAAUUGUAAUGGUAAAAAUAUAAUGAUUAAACUUUUUGAAAAGUGUUUUGCUUCUGAAUUGUUUUAGUGCUUUUAAGAAGAUUUUGUCCUAAGAGUCCUGGAAGAGAUGUACAGUGUUCCCUCACUUAUUGCUGGGGUUAGGUUCCAGGACCUCCCGCAAUAAGUGAAAAGCCGCAA